UGUGAGGGUUGGAGGUGCGCUGUGUCUGUUGCUCCGGCCAGGGUUGUUGCAGUGGACUUCAGAGUGAACAGCAACGUAAAAGAAAAUAGGAUUUUAUAAUUAUUGAUGAUAUUCCUCUCUUCAAAGUAGAAAAGAUGGCGGACCCAGCAACGGUGUUGGGCCAGUGCAUCGCAGUUCAGUUCCGCCCCGUGUGUCCCGGCACCGGCAAUCCUCCAGUGGCCCCGGAAGUUGGCCGGAGUAAGCGCGCCCAUGCCAUUUAUCGGUCGCUCCGCAACCUCACCAGGAGCGGCACUUUACCGCGCGCCGUCGCCAAUGCCGUCAGAAGCAGAAGCGCUGAACGUGGUCGAGGUUCUUCGCCUGCUUCGCCUGCCAAAAGCAACUCCAGAGACGAAAUUGACUCUGCGGAUGAAAGAAGAAAGAGCCUUUUUAUCGAUUAUUGCAUGAAUGAUUUAGAAAUCAACGGGGAGAAUUUUAUAAAUAAUGUAAACUCUAAUCCCCCUGAUAUUAUCCAGUCAACGCCGACAGUUGCUAAGAACGGAUGUAGUGAAAUGUCAAACGGUUCUGCAUGUGUUGAAUCUAAUCAAGUUUUAGAGUGUGAAGAUGAGCCUUUCGCAACUCUCAAGAAAUCAUCUCCUUCACGAAGAUCCUCGUUUUUCCAUGCAAUUCACGCGUCGCUUCCUCCCGUGUGCUCUGCUGCUGCCAAGCUACCACCGUCGGCUCGAUCAUCUCCAUUUAAAACCAACCCCGCCGCUCAUCAAUGUACUUCUCCAAGGAGGAGUUCGUCCUCAGAAAACGGCGCGUCACAUUGCCAUACCAACAUCGCAACAACGCCAUCAUCGCCAAAUAGGUCAUUGUACGCCUCGCCUGCAAAACCUUCAACGACAAAGACCUAUAAUUCGACAGCUCCAGCCGUCAAGUGUCACGCAGAGAUAUUGAAUGGUAAACCUCCACAAGGCGACGAAACAACCUCAGGGAGUGGCACGCCCACGCCGACCAACGCAACAACAUCGUGUACUAAUGCAUCACAAACUUUUACCAACUCCUCACAAACUCCCACCGACUCCACACUAACUCCUAUCAACGCUUUACCAACUCCGACCAACGCCUUACCUUCAUCUACCAACACCGUACCUUCAUCCACCAACGCUUCGCCGCCUCCCGUCAAGUCCAAUUCAGCCCCAUCUGAACCCUCGGCUAUAUUUCAGCGGUGGGUGAACGCUAACUCGGCGUGCGUCUGGGACGUGGAGCUGGUGGAGGCUGUGGCGUCACUCAAGUUGGUGGGUGCCCUUCUGGGCGGGUGGCUGCUGGUGAGUGGGCCCACCCGCGCCCUCGCUACCGUGCUACAUGCCCACACCCACUCCCUACUUCACCCGCCCGUUGGGUAUUCCAUACACGCACUGGGAGAAGUGAGCGGGUGCCGCAUUACUCCCGUGCAGAAGGGGCAGUUCACUCCCCUGGGCCCAGCUUUAUGCUGGGUUUUGCACGCUGAAGGAGGCAGCAACGUCUCCAUGAGAGACUUGCGCGACGCGUUGAUACACCACUUCCCGUCUCUCAUCCCGCCUGAUGAGGAAACUACACACGCCGCGUUAACGGAAUUAAUCAAACAGCGGAGAAUUUUCCACGCAGGCAAAGGAUAUUCUUUAGUUACUCCUGGGACGUAUGGCCAUAGCGCCACUCUCCCGGAUUUUGCUCACCAUCCGCCUUUUCGGCUCAUGACUACGAGCGAAGCUCUGACCCGAGCCCAUGGCGCCGCUGAAGUUAUUCCUGCUGGUUCUAUCACCCACGCGGCCGUGCAAACUGAUCUCGCUGACCUGCUUACCCAUCACAACCAUCCUGCGCCUGACGAUGGCGAUGCUCGAGCGGCAUCCCUGAGGUCUGGCAAACUAGGAACGUUUGUGUCGACUACUGCAAUAGCCACUUACUUCGGCAAAGACCUCACCGAUAUAAGUGUUAGAGUGGACCGCAGCGGCUCGAUGCUGAGCAAACUACUGCGAGUUUCGAGCCCUCGUAUGGGCAGCUUCUCGGCUCAGUUCCCGCCCCCUGAGUGGAGCAGAGCGAACACUUGCCAACGGCACGGACAUUGUCGGGCCACACAGACGCCUCUAGUGACGCAGCUAGCGGCGGCUCCUGAAGACACUGCGACGGCCUCGUCCCAGUGGGUAUCCCGAUCUUCGUCCCUGCCUCGUCGUCACGCACGACCCUUGUCUUCCACGUUCCACGCCGCCCCCGAGGUCCUGUCGAAUGGACCGUCCCCGUCACAUCGUCACCGCCAUCGAUCUCCGUCCCCAUCUCACGCACUGCAGGGAGGAUGCACCUCCCACAACGCAGCGUACUCCAACCCUUACCAGAACAUGGCUCUUCAUAAUCAGCAUAAUAAGCAACAACAGGAUGAGUUUGCAUGCAACAAGCAAGCGCUUCACGGUAAUUACUCUAUUUAUGGUUACGCGAUAGACGGCCUCCCGCCAAGACCUCCUAUUCCUUCUUCUAUUCAUUACGACUUUAUGCACAGAAGAACCUUAAGUGCCAGUCCACGCCGUAUGGUGGGAGCCUUGCAGCAGAACGCUAUUAGCAACCACCAUGUGCAUCACGCAAGCCCUCAGCGAAGGGAAGGUUCUCGUACGCUCCCCUUGAAUAGUUCAAUUCCUGCAGCUCCCGAGGGUGGCUCAAGCAGACACGCCCUCAGCAGCUCUCAUGACGCUGUGUAUGAGCCCCAAGCGAGCAAGCAUGACCAUGUCCAGCAACAUCACACUAACGCUCAUCCUGCUCAAGCUAUUCCGUUUCUGGCACAUCGAAUCAAACCCCAAGUACCUGAUGGUAGCCCUAACAGGCCAGGCGUCACUAGUCCUUAUAAAACUUCACAUACUAUUUAUCAGUCUCCAAACCAACAGACUAAAACAUACAAUUUAAACACUUCUAUGACUGAUCACAUGGUUAGCAAUCUAUCAUCGUCAAUUGAUUCAGGUAUCUUGCCAGACCAACGUUCAUCUCACCGCGAUUCUUCUGAAGACAGGACUCGAUCAGCGACAACUUCCGAGGAUCAAAACUAUUUGCUUGAUUGUUCCGACGAAUUUCUAAUAAUUGAAGUUACUAAUGAGUCUCAAAAAACGUAUCAGUCUCAGCUGGAAGUUCGUAGUCGGUCAGGAGAUCGGAAAAGUUCAGAGAGAACACGUGCCGGUUCGCUUGAAAACGUUGAAGAUAAAAAUAAAAUAGCUGAUAAAAUUAAUAAGGGCGAAGUUGAAGCUGGUCGGGCAGGCCCCAGUAGAAAUAAAAGCAGUGCAAGCAAGAGCAACACGUCUGAUAAGAAUUCGUGUUUCGGUAGCAGCCCUACAAAAAUCGCUGGAGGAAAUAAAACGGCAGCGAAUAAGAUGACAAUGAAAUACAACCGAGCUGCUCUUCAGUUAGAUCUCGUUAAUAGCCACACAAAACGAAUGGCUGCUCAGCGUCAGGAGCCACAUCCUCCUCCGAUUCAAAAUCUUAAUAAAUAUAGUAAAACCUCUGCAAGAGAUCUCACCACCAAAAAUCUUGGGUACAAAGAUACUAAUAAAUGUGAUAAAAAAAUGUACAUAGCGAAACAACAUGCAGGGGCACCAUGCGAGAGGACAUUAAUGUAUUCCCGGCACGCGAAUAAAGAUACAGGAUCUCCCUCCAAAAAUAAUUUACCGAAGUCGAAGUUGGAAAAUAAGGCCUCUGAGAAGAAAAAAGAAGGCAAUAUCGCCCCGGUAAAAAAAGUAGAGAGCAAUAAAAUAACUCAAAAGCCAUGCAGCCCUUCAGCGCCAUCCUCCAAGUCUCCGGUGCGAAAUCUACUUGCAAAAAGCCCGGUGCCAGCCGUUGAGACUGUGGGCGCAGGCGACAACAACUCCGUCAGGACGUAUCCCAGUUUAUCGGAGCUGAAUUUCAGCUCACUGGCCGCCCAAAAAAUACUGCGCGGCGUCAGCAUCAACAGCAUUGACACGCUCCUGGAAGUAAACAUCGCUGCGGGCGAAGUAGCAAAACCCCAGGAGCCCGUCACAAACACUGACUUUGGAUACCUCUGAUGCUUCCGCGUCUCUAGCCACACAGGGCGAAUCGAUGCCUAGAACAGACUUCAUUUUAGUUCGGGCAAAAAUAAUCGGAGACAGUUGUAAUUUAACCACAUCGAGAGAGAGUACACCAUGAAUUUUUGCUGUGUACUUAACCUAUUUUUCACAAGUGUUAUUUAUUUUAAUCUGCCCUCUACUUCAUUAGUUUUCACUUAUUCUGUUAUAGAAUUCUCAUCCGGGUUAACGAAUUUGCCGAAAAUUAAAAAGAUAUAAUUACAGUUAACUUUAAUCCUGGGUAGAUCCGUAAAAAAUACACAAUUCCUUAUAAAUUAAAUUACGAGUAAAUGUAUACGGUGUGUAAAUGUAGUAAAUAAACUGAAGAGCUGUACAUAUUAUGAUGUAAAUUCUCUUCAAAUACAAUUGAUAU